CCGGCAGGUUGAGGCGGCUGCGCGGCCCCUGAGAGUCCGCGGCGGCCGGAGGCGGCGCCGGCCAGGCCUGAGCGGCAGGGCGUGGCGCCCGCGCCCGUGGGGAUGCGGGACCGGCUGCCCGACCUGAGGGCGUGUACAAAGAGUGAUGAUGGGGACACAAGUGUUAUUGUUGAGAAGGACCAUUUCAUGGAUGAUUUCUUCCAUCAGGUCGAGGAGAUCAGGAACAGUACAGCUAAAAUAGCUCAGGAUGUUGAAGAAGUAAAGAAAAACCACAGCAUCAUUCUUUCUGCACCAAAUCCAGAAGGAAAAAUAAAAGAAGAGCUUGAAGAUCUGAAUGGAGAAAUCAAGAAAACUGCUAACAAAAUCCGAGCCAAGUUGAAGUCUAUUGAGCAAAGUUUUGACCAGGAUGAGAGUGGGAACCGGACUUCGGUGGAUCUUCGCAUACGGAGAACCCAGCAUUCUGUACUAUCUCGGAAGUUUGUAGAAGUGAUGACGGAAUAUAACGAGGCACAGACGCUGUUCCGGGACCGAAGCAAAGGACGGAUUCAGCGUCAGCUAGAAAUUACUGGAAGAACCACAACAGAUGAUGAGCUGGAGGAGAUGCUGGAGAGUGGAAGUCCUUCUGUCUUCACGGCAGACAUUAUAUCAGAUUCACAAAUUACUAGACAAGCUCUCAAUGAAAUUGAGUCUCGUCACAAGGACAUCAUGAAGCUAGAGACCAGCAUCCGGGAGCUGCAUGAGAUGUUCACGGACAUGGCUAUGUUCGUGGAGACCCAGGGUGAAAUGAUCAACAACAUAGAAAAAAACGUUAUGAACGCCACAGACUACGUAGAGCAUGCUAAAGAAGAAACAAAGAAAGCUAUUAAAUAUCACAGCAAAGCUAGAAGGGUCCCGGUGACCAACGCUGGGAGCAGCUGGAACUCCUGUGCGUGGCCGCCCUGUGUGGCCUGGGCUUCCACACAGCGUGGCGGUGGAUCCCAAAGUGAGCAUCUCCGAAGGACCAGGCAGCAGCUCUCCCCUGUGACCCAGGCUUGGAAGUCACACAGUGUCACUUCGGCAUAAUCAUUGGCCAGCUCGCGUCCGAGUGGUAGGAGCACAGACACCACCUCUGCACAGCAGCAGCGGUGACAUCCUUGUAAGGAGACCCCAGGGGACAGGGCCAGUGCGGACUUCUUGGAAACCAGGGUCUGUCUGGUGUGCUGGCUGCUGGCCCGGUAUGCAGGAACCCCGCGCAGCCGGCUUCCUCCACCAGAACCUCCGUGACCCAGGCUGGAGUUCGCCCGUGGGGGUAGAUGGCGCCCUCCACCCAUGAAAGGGUAUGUCCCCGUACUAAGCCGUGGGACACAUGAGCAUGACCUCAUGUGGGACUAGUGUCUUUGUAGAUGUGAUCGCAUCAAGAUGAGGUCCUAGCCCAGUGGCUGGCAGCCUCGUGGGAAGAAGUUCAUGGAGAGAGUCACCAAGGGACAGAGGCCCCAUGAGGGUGCAGGCAGAGAGGGGACUCCCAGGGGCAGGAGGAUGUGGAGGGGUCCCCUGCAGGCUUCGGGGAGACCUGGCGCCUCCCACACCCAGAUUUUGAACUUUUAGCUUCUGAACUGGAGGAGGAUACGUUCCCUUCCAGCUGCCUGGUUUGUGUGCUUCCUAUGGUAGCCAGUGAACAAGACAGUAUGUAUGAUUUUCUCAAACUGGAAUUCCUCGUGGGGUGUCAGAGGCCCAGCUGGUCCAUCCCACCUGCCUCCUUCUAUCCCACGCCGCUGCCCGCCAAGCACGCCCAGGUGGGGUCACCUUCCCAUCCCUGUGCCAGAGAAAUGAGAUGGGACGACUGCAGAGCCAAAGAAUGCACCAUUGCGGCCACACCCCAUGGACGGGACGGCUUGAAUACUUCCCUGUGGACCUGGCCAAAGGGGUGGAGAUCAUGGUCCUGUUACCUGAUUUGGGGCUGUUACCUUACACGUCUGUAGCGUGGGACCUGCUUCUGUCCACGGAAGUGAGUGUUAACUGGAGAAUAA